GAAAGAGUAUACAAUAAUGAUGUGUUUGGUAAAUCAAAUACCAUGGCCUAAUAAUCAAUCUGAUUAGUUGAUAAUAUUAGUAUUAGUUGGAAGUUUUUGAAAAAUUCCCGUGAAUAGUUUCAUUAACGCCUAAUUCAUUCGUGUCGAGUAGACCUUGUUGUUGUCAGAAUUCUUAAUUCAUGAGUUGUAGGGAGGGAUUUAUGUCACCACAAACAGAGACUAAAGCAAGUGUUUUUUUCAAAGCGGGUGUUAAAGAGUACAAAUUGACUUAUUAUACUCCUGAAUACGAAACCAAAGAUACUGAUAUCUUGGCAGCAUUCCGAGUAACUCCUCAACCCGGAGUUCCGCCUGAAGAAGCAGGGGCAGCGGUAGCUGCCGAAUCUUCCACUGGUACAUGGACAACCGUGUGGACUGAUGGACUUACCAGCCUUGAUCGUUACAAAGGGCGAUGCUACAACAUCGAGCCCGUUCUUGGCGAAACAGAUCAAUAUAUUUGUUAUGUAGCUUACCCUUUAGACCUUUUUGAAGAAGGUUCUGUUACCAACAUGUUUACUUCCAUUGUAGGAAAUGUAUUUGGAUUCAAAGCCCUGCGUGCUCUACGCCUGGAAGAUCUGCGAAUCCCUACUGCUUAUAUUAAAACUUUCCAAGGUCCGCCUCAUGGGAUCCAAGUUGAGAGAGAUAAAUUGAACAAAUAUGGUCGUCCUCUGCUGGGAUGUACUAUUAAACCUAAAUUGGGAUUAUCCGCUAAAAACUACGGCAGAGCAUGUUAUGAAUGUCUUCGCGGUGGACUUGAUUUUACCAAAGAUGAUGAGAACGUGAACUCCCAGCCAUUUAUGCGUUGGAGAGAUCGUUUCUUAUUUUGUGCUGAAGCAAUUUAUAAGGCACAGGCUGAAACAGGUGAAAUCAAAGGACAUUACUUGAAUGCUACUGCGGGUACAUGCGAAGAAAUGAUGAAAAGAGCUGUAUUUGCUAGGGAGUUGGGAGUUCCUAUCGUAAUGCAUGACUACUUAACAGGAGGAUUCACUGCAAAUACUAGCUUGGCUCAUUAUUGCCGAGAUAAUGGCCUACUUCUUCACAUUCACCGUGCAAUGCACGCAGUUAUUGAUAGACAGAAGAAUCAUGGUAUGCACUUCCGUGUACUAGCUAAAGCGUUACGUCUGUCUGGUGGAGAUCAUAUUCACGCUGGUACCGUAGUAGGUAAACUUGAAGGAGAAAGAGACAUUACUUUGGGCUUUGUUGAUUUACUGCGUGAUGAUUUUGUUGAAAAAGACCGAAGUCGCGGUAUUUAUUUCACUCAAGAUUGGGUCUCUUUACCCGGUGUUAUUCCCGUGGCUUCAGGGGGUAUUCACGUUUGGCAUAUGCCUGCUCUGACCGAAAUCUUUGGGGAUGAUUCCGUACUACAGUUUGGUGGAGGAACUUUAGGACACCCUUGGGGGAAUGCGCCAGGUGCCGUAGCUAACCGAGUAGCUCUAGAAGCAUGUGUACAAGCUCGUAAUGAAGGACGUGAUCUUGCUGCUGAGGGUAAUGUAAUUAUCCGCGAGGCUAGCAAAUGGAGUCCUGAACUAGCUGCCGCUUGUGAGAUAUGGAAAGAGAUCAAAUUUGAGUUUGAAGCAGUGGAUGUUUUGGAUCCAACAAAAUAAUUACUCUCCGUUCUCUUAAUUGAAUUGCAAUUAAACUCGGCUCAAUCAUUUUAGUAAAAGAUUGGGCCGAAUAGAACCAUUCUAUUGCAUGUAUUUUGGAUAAAUACAUAGAUCUCGAGAUAGAGAAGAUUUCAAAUAGCAAAUUGAAGACUCAAAUGGUUCUAUUGUCGUCUUGGAUCCACAUUUAAACCUAUGGAUCCUCAGGAUUGGUAUAUUCUUUAUAGAUCCUGUAGUUUGGCUGAAUCAAGCGAAGUAUCACAAAUUUUUGACCCAUCCUGUAUAUUGUCUUUUUCGUUCCGUGUUGAAAUAGACCCUUAAUUUCUUACUUCUUAUUAGUUAUUAGUUAGUUAUUAGACGAGAUUUUACAAAAAAAUUCUAUCUAGGGUAGAACAAAUAUUGCUUUUUUGUUCGACGCGAAGGCGAAGACAUAGGAAAAAGCACUUUUUAUCAUUCUAUUUAAUUUCGAAUGAAAAGGGAUUCCAUCAUAUUACUAUAUAGUUAUAGUAAAAUCUUACCUCCGGAUUCCCACAAAAUAAAAGAUAAUCACUUCUUAUUAAUAAUUUAGUAUUUCGCAAUGAUGUAAUUUCUAUGUUUAGUCUGAUGGGAAUUCAAAGACAAAUAAAGAAUUGCGGGUCGAAUGACUAUUCAUCUAGUGUAUUUUUAUGCAAAUAAAAUAGGGGGCAAGAAAACUCUAUGGAAAGAUGGUGGUUUAAUUCGACGGUGUUUACCAAGGAGUUCGAACACAGGUACGGGAUAAAGAAAUCAACGGACAAUCUUGGUCCUAUUGAAAAUACUAGUGAAAGUGAAGAUUCGAAUCAAAAAGGUGGGGCUAAAAACAUUCAUAGUUUGGGGGGUCGUGACAAUUCUAGUUACAGUGAUGUCGAUCAUUUAUUUUUGGUCAAAGACAUUCGGAAUUUCAUCUCUGAUGAUACUUUUUUAGUUAGGGAUAGUACUGGAGACAAUUAUUCGAUCCAUUUUGAUAUUGAAAAUCAGAUUUUUAAGAUUGACAACGAUCAUUCUUUUCUGAGUGAACUUGAAAGUUCUUUUUCGAGUUAUCGAAAUUCUAGUUAUAGGAAUAAUGGAUCUACGAGUGAAGAUUCCUUAUACAAUUGCUCGAUGUAUGAUACUCAAUCUAGUUGGAAUAAUCACAUUACUAGUUGCAUUGACGAUUAUCUUCAGUAUCAAAUCUGUAUUGAUAUGUCCAUUGUAAGUGAUAGUAGUGACAGUUACAUUUCUAGGCGCGUUUUUGAUAAACGUAGAACUAAUAGUGAAAGGGGGGGAUCCAGUAUACGAACCCACGAGAAGAGCAGUGAUUUAACUCUAGGAGAAAAGUCUAAUGAUCUCGAUGCAAUUCAAAACUACAAGCAUUUGUGGGUUCAAUGCGAAAAUUGUUAUGGAUUAAAUUAUAAGAGAUUUUUGAAAUCAAAAAUGAAUAUUUGUGAACAAUGUAGAUAUCAUUUGAAAAUGAGUAGUUCAGAAAGAAUCGAAGUCUCGAUCGACCCCGGUACUUGGGAUCCUAUGGAUGAAGACAUGGUCUCUCUGGAUCCGAUUGGAUUUCAUUCGGAGGAGGAGACUUAUAAAGAUCGUAUUGAUUCUUAUCAACGAAAGACAGGAUUAACUGAGGCUGUUCAAACAGGCAUAGGGCAACUAAAUGGUGUUCCCGUAGCACUUGGGGUUAUGGAUUUUCAGUUUAUGGGGGGUAGUAUGGGAUCCGUAGUCGGGGAGAAAAUCACUCGUUUGAUUGAGUACGCUACCAAUCGAUUUCUACCUCUUAUUAUAGUGUGCGCUUCGGGGGGGGCACGCAUGCAAGAAGGAAGUUUGAGCUUGAUGCAAAUGGCUAAAAUAUCGUCUGCCUUAUAUGAUUAUCAAUCAAAUACAAAGUUAUUUUAUGUCUCAAUCCUUACAUCUCCUACUACUGGUGGGGUAACAGCUAGUUUUGGGAUGUUGGGAGAUAUCAUUAUUGCCGAACCCAACUCCUACAUUGCAUUUGCGGGUAAAAGAGUAAUUGAACAAACAUUGAAUAAAACAGUCCCCGAGGGUUUACAAGUCUCUGAAUAUUUAUUCCAGAAGGGCUUAUUCGACCUAAUCGUACCACGUAAUCUUUUAAAAAGCGUUCUGAGUGAGUUAUUUAAACUACACGCCUUCUUUCCUUUGAAUUGAAAUUCUAUCAAGUAAGUUCAAUUAUUUUAUUUGUAGCAAACAAGUAGUUAACUUAUCGGAAUUAAAGUAAAUAAGAAUGGAGUUUUCUUUAAUGACUUAAGAUCGAAUUGUAGAAAGAAUCAAAAGUUGAGGAUAACUCUUUUUUUACCGGGAUUCCCAUUAAGAAGUCUCUAUCAAAAGAAGUCUCUAUCAACAAGAUAAAAGCGAGAGUUCUUCCUUUCGUGAAAUUAGACAAACAAAACGAAUUUCGUCUUACAUAAAUUCAAAUCAAAUAUAGAAAAGAUAGAUAUAUAAUUUUCUAUUUUUCUCCAUCUACCGAAAAUUCAAUUUUCACUAAAAAUUCCGGUUGUGUCGCAUUCUAACGAAUCUUUCGAUAAUUUGUAACAAACUCUUUCUUUAGUAAAUUUGAAGACAAGAACAAAACAUAACGAAAUAAAAUAAAAUAAUCAAGUUUAUUAUCAUACGUAUCUUUCAUGUAGAAAGAUGAAUUUAUUUAGUUCUCCAUUUUCUACAUUCCUUAGAUUUCUUUUAUAUACUAACUUAGAUAUAUAUAGAUACUUAUAUUUUCUAUUUCGAAUAAGAAUUUUCAAAUUAAAUUAAUUAAUAAUAAUAACGAAUUCCUAAUAAUCACAAUUCUGAAUUAUAAUAAGUAUAAAUAGAAAAUAGAAAAAAAAACAAAUUAAUAAUAAUAACAGGUACAAUAUAGUAAAUCGAGGUACCAUUUUAUGACAACGUUCAAUCUUCCUUCUAUUUUUGUGCCUUUAGUAGGCUUAAUAUUUCCCGCAAUUGCAAUGGUUUCUUUAUUUCUUCAUGUUCAAAAAAAAAAAAUUGUUUAGGACGCAAUCUCAGCCGUUUUUUUUUUUGAAACUGUAGCAUAACACAGAUAUUUAUUUCGGGAAAUGGAAAUAUAGUAUAACAUGUGAUUUCCGCCGAAUAUAAAGGAAAAAGCUCUUAUGCCCGCAGAAAAUGAUCUCUGGAUAAAUGAAUCCUAGCUAGUUUCAAAUAGAUCAGCAUCGCUGGAUGCAGAAAAUGUAAAGUUGGUGGAUCCAUAUGUAUAUUGGGGUCCUCUGAAGGGUAUGUUAUUAUUUUAGAUCUAACCAAUUUGAUGAAUGACUCCUAAAGCUUCACAUUAAACUAGUGCUAGUUCACAUCAAACUAGUGCUAGUUGAUGAGAGUUCCUUCGGAAACAAAAAAGGAAGGGCAAAAUGGGUAUUCUCUCAAUUCCAAUAAAAUACAAUCGGAUCAAGUAUGAGUUGGCGAUCAGAACAUAUAUGGAUAGAGCUUAUAACGGGGUCUCGAAAACUAAGUAAUUUUUGCUGGGCCCUUAUCGUUUUUUUAGGUUCAUUAGGAUUCUUAUUGGCUGGAACUGCCAGUUAUCUUGGUCGAAAUUUGAUAUCUUUUGUCCCAUCUCAGCCAAUUCUUUUUUUUCCACAGGGAAUUGUGAUGUCUUUCUACGGGGUCGCGGGUCUAUUUAUUAGUUCCUAUUUGUGGUGCACAAUUUCUUGGAAUGUAGGUAGUGGGUAUGAUCGAUUCGAUAGAAAGGAGGGAAUAGUGUGUAUUUUUCGUUGGGGAUUUCCUGGAAAAAAUCGUCGUAUAUUCCUCCGAUUCCUUAUAAAGGAUAUUCAAUCCGUUCGAAUAGAAGUUAAAGAGGGUAUUUAUGCUCGCCGUGUCCUUUAUAUGGACAUCAGAGGCCGGGGGGCUAUUCCGUUGACCCGUACUGAUGAGAAUUUGACCCCACGAGAAAUUGAACAAAAAGCCGCGCAAUUGGCCUAUUUCUUGCGCGUACCUAUUGAAGUUUUUUAAAAGGAACUUAGCUGAAGAACGAAUGUUUUCUCAGCAGGAGGGAAAUCCUCUUGUUUUCUAAAUGAAGUUUCGUCAGAACAUUCAGUCCAGCCAAAGCCGGGGUAUAUGGAACAACCAUAAAACAAAACUUUUUUUUCGUUCUUCUUCGAAGUGAUAAGAUGCAGAUAGAGCAUAUCUUGUAGAUUUUUUCCUUUUUGUCAAUCGAUAUUUUUUUAUCUUUUCGCUUGUGUUCUUUACUAACCAAUAAUCGAUUUUCUUAGUAAUGAAAACUGGCCUUUUUCUGUCUUGUUUGUUUUGCCGCUCCUUUUUUUGAUCAUCACACUAUCUUUCUCUCAAUCAUUUGAUUCUUGGAUAUGUCGAAUCGUUGCAAUUUUUUUGCAAUUAUUGGAUAUUUUGAUAGAAAACGAGUUCCUUCGUCUCAAAAUAUUAAUAAUAUUCAUUCCAAACAAGUGUCUCCUUUCAAUGAAUGACGGAAAGAAGCACUUGUUUGGAAUUUGGUGAAUCGAGAUAUCCGGAAAGAAUAUUUUUGAUUAUUUCUUCAUUCGAAUUCGCAGUUCGAGGCGGAGUCUUAGUCUAUUUCUGUAUUCUUUCUGGAUUUAAACAAAAUCAUAAAUCAAAUAGAUUCAGAGGUUUGAUACCUUAUUGAGAACUCAUAUUAAAAAAAAAAUAUUCGAUCACAUAGAAUCGAGAAA